CCACGACUGCGCGGAGAAGGGACGGGGAGGGGGGACAGUGGGAGCGCGCUUGGGGAGCGCGCGCGCGAGCGAGAAAAUGCAACCCCCCCAAUAAAGAGCAAAGAUUGCAUUCAGCAGCGAGCAGCAAUGCAGAAAUAGAUGGCAGUCUCGUGUCAGUGAGUUUGCAUUCCCCCCCUUCCCUGGUCCAAGCGCUGGAGUCAGCAACAGAGCCCUUGAAAGGCAAUUGCUUUUUACUACAAGUGGAGAAGUUCCCCCCUCUUGGUUGCCUGGCUGACGGCUCGUACUGUACAUGUUUGGGUGCAUUUUUCCUUUCUUACUGGGUUGUUGAUGGGGCUCUUUUCCUUUUUUUCCCUUCCUUCCUCCACUCUUGUUCCUGCCUUGAUUUUUUUCCCCUAUCUCUUUGAAAGUGUGACUACAAAUAUUCUCUCAAACAAAAGCAAAGCGAGAGAAAAAGGACAUCUGGAUUGAUUACGCCUAAGAGUCUUUUCCCCCCUCCUUUUUAAUGAACAGAACUAAAACCCCAUCACGAAAUUUCAAACACAAAUCUAAAAGGAAAAGGUUGUGGUUUGUUUUUUUGCUCAGCAGCAGCAGCAGCAGCAACAACAACAUGGAUGUGUUGGCUAGUUAUAGUAUAUUCCAGGAACUGCAGCUUGUCCACGACACCGGGUACUUCUCAGCUUUGCCAUCCUUGGAGGAGAACUGGCAGCAGACAUGCCUUGAGCUGGAACGCUACCUUCAGACAGAACCCAGGAAGAAUUCAGAAAGCUUUGGUGAGGACCUGGACUGUUUUCUUCAUGCUUCCUCUGCUCAAGGCACAGAAGACAGCAUUCAGCCAUUGGACCCUCUCUUAUUACCUGUAGAUAUGAGUACCUGUGACAAAAAUGCCAACAUGGAUGUUAUUCUCUCAAGGGAUAAACUAUUGUCUGAGACUUGUCUCAGCCUGCAACCUACCAGCUCCUCUACAGAGGGCUAUGCUGCUGUUAACCAGGCCCAACUCAACGCAGUGACCUCACUAACACCUCCUUCCUCUCCUGAACUCAGUCGCCAUCUUGGAAAAACCUCACAAACUAUCUCUGCAGUUGAUGGCACAGUUACACUGAAAUUAGUGACAAAGAAAUCUACCCUCAGCUCAGUAAAGGUUGGUGUAGUAGCACCAGCUAACACAACAAAGUGUGCGCUCAGUGACAGUGAGCAAGGAGGGGCAGGGGCUGACACAUCCCCAGAAAACAAGAAGAGGGUUCAUCGUUGUCAGUUUAAUGGGUGCCGUAAAGUAUAUACAAAGAGCUCACACUUAAAAGCGCACCAGAGGACUCACACAGGUGAGAAGCCUUACAAGUGUUCGUGGGAAGGGUGUGAGUGGCGUUUUGCACGAAGCGAUGAACUCACGCGGCACUAUAGGAAGCACACGGGAGCAAAGCCCUUUAAGUGCAGCCAUUGUGACAGGUGUUUUUCAAGGUCUGAUCACCUUGCCCUCCACAUGAAGAGGCACAUCUAAAUAACAGGGAACAUACAGUGUGACCCAGAUGCAGUUAGACCAUAGCGUCAUGGGGAGAAAGAUGGAACCCAAUUGCCUGUCUCUUGCUACCUUCCAGAAGAAGAGAGUUCGAUCACAUGUAACUUCUGUAUACACAACAUGCACUAAAUGCUGUCAUGCACUCAGCUGUACAUUCAUCUGUUUCCAAUGCCUUGCCCAUCUGAAAGGCAGAAGACAUGUGAUUAGGAAAAGGGAUGCAGGGGAAGUCUUUAAGGCCCAAAUGGUUGCUUACAGCACUUCAGAACUUGAAAAUUUUUGCUCCUGUUUAUUGCCAAUGGAAGUCAAAGCAGAUGAAAGAGGAUUCCUUGCAGGUGAACAGCACAGAAGCAGCAUAUAUGUAACUUGCUUCUUGGUGCAACUUGAUUGGGGAGGGGGGAACCAAUUUUGGACUUGCAUAUUUGUAGCACUAACUUUUCUUUUGAAAUAAUUUUGGAGGGAAAACUAACGACCUAGAAAAACCAAAUUCCAGUUUGGUAGCCAAAACAUUACUGUCUUGGUUCCUUUCUGUCGUUUUUGUUUUAAGGCACCCUUACAUACAAUGAUUCAUCAAGACUUCUCAAGAACUUCUUGAUCUGCUCUGUUUUUUUUUUUUUUUUUUCCGUAGAACUGAGCUUUCAAGAUCUGUUUAAGUCAGUACCAAUGGCCUUAUUUGGCAGUACACUCUGCAGCGAUACCUAGGAUAGACCUACCACUUUUCUUGCUUCAGCUGGUAUGGACUUUGUCAAGGAUAUAUAUAUAUAAAUAUAGAUAUAUUGUUUUGUUUUGUUCCUUAAAUUUUGAUAUUUGGUUAUUGCACAUCACGUGCACAAAGGAACUGUGAAAACUGCUGAUAUGAUUGCAUAAUGGUUGACAAGCGAAAUCCCUGAGCAAGAUCACAGUAUAUCUUUGGAGGCAUCACCAUAUUGCCAUAGUUCCGACUUCCUAUUUAAUUGCCUAAUGAAAACUUGAAAGAAAGCUUGUUUGAAGCUUUGAACCUUUUCUUCAAGUUUCUAAGAACUCAUUUACACACCUGGAUAUCUGUCUUGGAUUCUGUCACUCAGGCAUGACUUCAUGUUUUCCGUCAGCACCAUGGGGAGCAUGCUUGUGGCAACCCACAAAAAUUGGUUGGCAAUUCUGGUUGUUUGUUGUUGCUAGCCCUUUGACCUGGUGAAAUAUGUGAUAACUUACUGUAUAUGUGUGUCUGGCACCUGCAAAAGAAAUGUUUUGGGUUGAGCAGAUCCAUAGAAAUACUUGCAAUCAUGUAAGUCAUGAGUGGAAAAGUGCGAACCUCUUCCUUUUAAUAUUAGUCUCCUACAUGUUCUCUUCUGAAGGAAAAAAUGCCUACCUAGAUUCUCCUUUCCCUUUUUAUUAAGGUGGUGUAAUUCCCACUUGUUCAACAUGUUGCAGUUGAAUGAAAGGAUUGGCUUUUUGGUGAGCAUGGACUUCUUUCCAAACAACUAAUUGAAACAAACAAACAAAAAAGUAGAUGCAUGGGUCCACUUCAACCAAUGGUUGUACCAUUUAAUGAACAAUGGAGGCAUCAGGCUCAUGCCUGGAUCUUGUAGAUAGUUUGAUGGUUGUGGUCAAAUUAGAUUAUUUUUUCUGUACUUUACGUGCACACACACACACAGACACACACACAGACACACACACAUACAUACCCCUCCCUCUAUAUAUGCAUAAUGUUUAUUUUUAGCUAGUUGAAGCUGGCAUUAUUCCAAAGACUGCCUUUUCAAACGAUCUCUCAUGCAGGUAAAGAGGUAGCCAUUCAGAAUGGCUGUAUAUAGUUAAUUUGGGACCAUCCCUGCGAGAUGUGCUGAGAAAUGGAAUGGCCUGUAACUCUCUUGGUUGCUACUCUUCCACUCACUAAACUAGCUCACUGCCCUACUUUGGACUGUUUUUGACUUGUUGACUGUUCACUAAUUUCCUAAUUCACGUUUAGGAUGCAGAAACAUUAAAAUAACUUUUUAUAUACAAAAUAUCUACAAAUAUAUAAUGGAAGUACAGACACAGGGAUUCAUAAUACUUAGCCUUUGGGGUUUUCUUUCCAUCUGCAAUUUCAUUCAACUACUGAGGUUCCAAACAGUCCCCUCCUUGGGGUCAGAAUUCCUGUGUACAGUAUACUGUGACUAUCAGUAGCCAUUUAUAUUGCAAAUACAAGAUCUAGCCCUUAUUGAUGGGAUGAGAUAUGGACCAAAAUCUAAAUAAUCUUUGCAGAGGCAAUUAACAUCAGCAUUUAAGAAUAAGGGCAAGAUCUAAGUUUUAUUCCAAAGAUUUGUGGUGAAGAAAUAUUGGAACAUUGUUUGCUGACAAUCUUGUAGUUCUCUUUAACUGUGUUUGCAUCCUUUCUGUUCUACCAAGGUGUUCACUGGGCAUUUUGAUAACUCUGUAACUUGGUGUUGGAAUAUUGUGUGACAGUUUUAGAAUAUCAGAGAAGAGAGAAGACUGAACAUCUAGACAAUGUAUUAGCUGAAAAAUCUCUACUGUCCAAGAAUUUUUGUUUUCUUGUAGAGUCUUACAUAAUGUGCAUGCAUGUAUCUCUGUGUGUGUAUGUAUAUAGAUAUGUAUAUAUUUAUAUAUCUGUGUGUGUUUAUGUGUAUAUAUACUCACACACAUACACACACACAUAUAUGUAUCUGUCAUGACAUAGUCCUUAAGUAAUACCCAUAACCUAAAAUAUUCAGUUCUAUUGUAUCUAGAAUUUGAGAUCAUCUACACGAGUUAGUGGCAAAUUUAAAAUAAGUUUGCCUUCUUAAAUAAUUUGAAGCAGAUGGGAAUGGGAAGCCAGAGAAAUCAAAAGGAAUUGUGUUCAUCUAUCUCUUAUUGACAUCAGAAAUCUUGGAAAAAUCUCUAUUAAGUGUAAGAGAACUUGAAAUAAUCUGGGGAACAAAAAGCUUGUUUUUCUCCUUGUUCAAAGUAGAUUUGAACUGAAGUGUAGUGACUUGGGAGUAAGCUAGCCAAAUCAGACAGGGCCAGUUCCUGAAUGUAGAAGGGAUCUGCUCUCAGCCUGUGAGAUAAUGAACCAGGAAGAGAAGCUAUUCAUAGUGAAGGCAUGAGGCUGAUAUAUUCCCACUGUAGAUUAUAUGGCUAUUAACUGGCCAUCAGUACCAAAUAAAUAAAUAAUCAGAAGCCUAUAACUUGGUGCAGCAAGUCAAUCACAGCUUAGCCAUCUGCCUCUGCCCCUAUUUUGCAAUGUUUGCCUGUAAGGCUGUUAGCACUUGGCACAGGGAGCCUCUUGCUUCCCAGUGAACAGCCUCAUCCACUGACAGUGAUAGGAUCCGUCUGCAAUCCUAAUUAUACUGACAGUCUCACAGAUGGGGGCGGGGCAGGGAGGAGGAGACACAAUUCUGGACAAAGAGGCUUGGGAAAUGCAAACAUAAAUGGUAAUUUGUUCUUGAGAUUUUCUUUUGACUGCUUAUCAAAGGAAAAUCAUGUGCAAUGGUUGUGCCAUACCAAAAAUGAUUAAUGUUUUUAGUGGGUUCUGUAUUUCUAUUACAAAUCCAACAGAAAUUGAGGGUGUGUAUGUAAAUAUUUCAAGAACGUAAUUACACCAUUUAUCACACCUUAUCUUGGCUUUUACCAUCCUGUAAAAAGAUUUUCUAACAUUAUAGCAAUGAUGGCUAGCUUCUACAACCCAGUCUUUACUAAUGCUCUCAGGGAGAAGAAAUGGCAAGACAAGAGACAGUACCUAAUUUCCUAGUCUAGCAUAAUAGACUAGGAUAGAAAAUGCAGGCAAAGGCCAGAUGUACUAUGAGGCAUUCUAUUUGGGCAGCCCUGCCUUUGAGCAGUAUUCUUGUUGCUUCAGCAGCGGCGAUGUGCUGCAUCCUGUUUUCAGUGUGCCAGUUUACAAUAUGCUCCAGAAAAUUUAGAAUCUGUUAAUUGCGUGGCAUACUCUACAUGUUAAUUUGUACUACUGACUUCUGAUAGACCUCAUGAUAAACAGGUUCAAAAGAAAACUCUGUUUUCUUUUUAAACAUUUAGCGGAGGGGUGGGUAUGGAUGUGGGUUGCGUUAGGGAUUUUGCCUUGCCUCGCUAAGAUAAGAUAGUGGCUAUCUUCAGAGAAAUGGCAAGAAUUGACUCCCCAACACCUUUCAGCAACAAGGAUCUCUCUCUGUCUCUCUCAGUGGGGAUAGAGCAAUGCUUCAUUUUUCUUAAAAGUCCUGGAACAAUAGGGGAAAUGUAUCAAGAAUGUAUUAACCUGUAAUUUCAAAAGCAUACUAAAAUACUCUUGGAUUUGAAAAUUAAAGUUGGCCUACUCAUAUUUUUAAAUUAAACUAUGUUUAUAUUUUUCAUUUGUUGAUUGGGCAUAAGGCCAAAUUGUAGGCAUAUACUUCCUUGUUCUGUGUAAUCUAUACAUGUGCUAAAGUAUCUGAACUAAAAUAACCCCAUGGAGGUGAACUGAAAUCCAGCUCUGCCUAGCAUAGUAAUCAGUGGUCCCUAUUUCUAUCUCAUUUGGUGAGCUCCAUAACUACUGAAAGUGAAUUUAAAAAUAACAGCUUAUUGGGACCAAUUUUGCCCAGAUGUAUCUUUAUUGCAUACCAUGAGAAAAUAGAAUGAAAACCAGAGAAGAAAAGUGUUUACAAGAGUACCCUGAGUUUUAUGUCACAUGGAGGGAAGUGACAUUAAACAGAUCUAUCUGUCCCCUGGGGCUGUAGGGUACAAAAAUCAGUUAUCAAUAUAGAUCAAUAUAGCAUACUAUUUCAUGGACACCUUUUUUUUUUCUUAACUCCUGCAUGACAGACUGUUACCUGGUUAAAUAAUCUGCAUGGUUGUUAGGUCUAUUUGGAAAGACAUUCCUGAAAGUAAAAUUUUUACAUGUCUGUCACUUAAUGUUUUCACUUAUUCUGUUACUAUUUCCUGUGGCUAAGUUAAAUAAAUAGUUCCCUGGAAGGCCAUAUGGUCAGAUCAGAAUAUAUAAAUAUAUAUAUAUUGAACACCAAAAUUAUUGUAAGACUGGUUUUAAACACUAAUUUGUUAUUGAUCCUUCACUACAUGACAGGCAUCGUAUUAUUUUUAAUUUUUUUUUAGUUCCACAGAAAUUUGUGUGAAGUUGCUCUGUUCUAAGAAAAACUAAACAGCACUUCAAUUAUUCUAGCAUGUAUCAUCAGCAAAUGAACACUGUAAGUAAAGACAUAGUAAAGAUCUUUUCAACAAAUUGUGAGUACUAUAAUCAUACCACAUUGAGUGUUUUGUCCCAAAAUUAGCACUGUGUGAAGGGAAUAUUUGGGGUUUUUGAAUACCACAAAUCUUGUUUGAUCAGAGAGACUUGAAAAACAUACAAAGUAGUAGCAGUGUUGCUUUCAUCCCACCUCCUUCCUUUUGGGAUAUGCCUUAUGUUGCCUUCUCUGCCCCUUCUCUCUCGGAGUUAUGCUUCCAGUGGGAAUGUGUUGGGGCUCUACUCAUGCACAGUUCCUUCACGAUUCAUCUGCACUUGGAGGAAUUCUGCAUCAGACUUGGGGUUAUGCCCUUUAUAUGGGUUAGUCUAUUGUGCACAAAACUUGAUAAAGUGAACAAUAAAUGUUCAGAUAUCUUGAUCAGCUAGUCAAACAGUUGCCCUUGUUUCCACCCUGCCAUGAGAUAUGUAGGAAAAAUUGCAAAUCAAUCAGAAUUCAACCAGAGUCUGAAUUGGGAAGAAAAAAGUGGAAUUUCACUCCAAGCUUAGCCAAAGCCAUCCCAACUUUGGGCUGGGCUUUAUUGCCAGUCUUCACAAUCAGGCCAUUUGCUGCUUCUAAAGCAAGCUUAUUCUUGUGAAGGAUGUAUUUUUGACAGGGAGGAACCAGGCAGAGACUUGAUGCAUUGAGUUGGGAGGCACUGAACCUGGGAUUCUAGCAAAACAUACAGUUUGAGAACAUGUUUAAGAGGUCAGGUGUCUCAGGUAAGACACACAUCCUGCUGUCUGUAGUAACCCUUCCCAGAAGUAGUUUUCAGUGCUCCCUCCUAAAUUUCAUUGGGGAAGGGAUGGAAUUAGCAAGCAGGGUUGUAUUAAACUGAUGCCCCUCCUCCUCCACUGUUCUGCAAAACAAAAGAAAAAAUUAAUUUGUGGUCUAAGAAAGUUCAGAAAAGAAUCCAAGUGAAUAACAAGUAGGUAAGCAUGCCUUUGCCCCUUAAUAGUUACAAUGCUUGUAAGAUUGCCUCAUGAUCAGGAUUAACUUCUGUUGCAUCAAUCCAAAGAUCUCAGAGCCCCCGCCUCCAGCCAGUUUUCCUGCCACCGUUUAUACUAUAAGGAGACAUUGGAUUUUGUGUAUUAGUUCUUCCUCCCUUCAGACAUAAUGUGCUCAACCUGCUGUAGUACACAUUCCUCAUGAAUUCAGCAUAUAGGUAGAUGUAUUUGAUGAAAGAUGCCCCUUGUUUUCUCCAAGCAGCUGAUUGUACAGUGAUUCUAGUCUUGACUUAAAGACUGAUGAUAUAUACGAACAGCAUUAAUUGCCUACAGAACUGGAACCCUUGCAGAGAGGUUCCAGGAGCAUGGUAGAAGAAAUUGCUCCCUUGAAACAUCCCCCUUUUAAUUUUUCUAAAGUUACAUCAAGGAAAAAGCAUGUCAGAAUUUAGACAAUGGGUACACAAUAUUGCUUAAUGGAAGUAAAGGAUUGGCGUAUUUGUAACAAAUUCACCAGAUCCUUUUUUCAUUAUAUAUAUAUACACACACACACACAAACACACACACAAACACACAUACACACAGUCAUUCUUUUUAAACAAUACCUGCGUAACCACCAACAACUCUUGAAGGACUUUCUUUUUGCACUACAGCUUUUCUUUCACCAGAUGUGUCUGCCAAGUGCAUUUGGAGGAACCUUCAGCCUCGUUUUCUCAGGUAUUUCUAGUACGGUGUUUCUCAACCUUGGCAACUUCAAGAUGUAUGGAUUUCAACUUUCAGAAUUCCCCCUAAUAGGCUGGGGAAUUCUGGGAGUUGAAGUCCAUACAUCUUAAAGUUGCCAAGGUUGAAAAACACUGCUCUAGUAUAUCGCAGAAGUACCCAAAAUGGUAGCCCUCCGUUCUCCCUUUUUUGGUUGACAUUUUAUUUUUUUUAAGCUUUUUAUAUAUAUAAAUAUAUAUAAAUAUAUAAAUAUAAAUAUACAAAUAUAUUACUUUGUCCAUUUUUUUGGCUGUACAAAAGUCUUAAGAUUUAAAAAUAUUAUUUGUAUUAUAUGAUGGUGGUAUGUUAAUGUUACAAGAUUAUUAAUGAAGAAGAAGAUUUAUUUUUGUUACUGGUCUGUUUCAUAAUUCUUUUUUAAAUUGGUAUAUUGUAAGAUAUCUAUGCAAAAAAAAAAAAGUUGUGUGACGCAUUUUUAUUUAAGAAUGUAAUAUGUGUAAUAAAAAGUAGAAUGUGUUUGGCCUGAAAA